CCCAGGUAUGAAGGCAAACAUCCCUCCCUCCCUGGAUAUCGCCUGUAUAAAACCCAGUUCCCAACGCCACCACAGCCCCACGCCUCUCACCACUCUCCACCGCCACCGCCACCUCCUCGCCGGCGACAAUGUCGGUGCACGUCGCGGCCGCGGCGGUUCUCAUCGCGCUCCUCGUCCCCGCCCGAGCCUCGGACGUCUCCUCGUUCCCGCUCACGCAGACGCAGUCUCCGGCCAACGCCUCCGCGGCGCCCUCCUCCCCGCCCUGCCGCCUCGACCUCUCCGCGGAGCUCUUCGGCGGCGUGGCCGCGGCGUGCGGGGCCGGCGGCGGGCCGGGCUCCCUGGACCGCGGCCGCUGCUGCCCCGUGCUCGCGGCCUGGCUCUUCGCGGCGCACGCGCGCACGGCGCUCUCCGUCCCGGCGCCGGCGCCGGCGCUGGCGGGCGAGGGCCUGGACGGGGACGAGGGCCCCAUGGUCCCGUACGACAACCAGCGGUGCGUGGACGCGCUGGGCACCGCGCUGGAGAAGCGCGGGGUGGCGCUGCAGCGGCCCAACGCGACCUGCGACACGGUGAUCUGCUUCUGCGGCAUCCGGCUCCACCAGAUCGGCUCGCUCCGCUGCCCCGCCGCGUUCGCCGUCGGCGCCGCCGCCAGGAACGCCACGCCCACCGCCGCGGUGAAGGACCUGGAGAAGAGCUGCCGCAACGCAUCCUACGCCGGCUGCUCCCGCUGCGUCCAGUCCCUGCAAAAGGUGAAGGGGAACGUGAGCCGGGAGGUCGCCGGCGGCGACCGCGCCCGGCGGAUGCUGGGGCUGGACUGCCAGCUGAUGGGCCUGACGUGGCUGCUGGCCAAGAACAAGACGGUGUACAUCCCCACCGUGUCCGCCGUGCUGCGCGCCAUGCUCUACACCGCGCACCCCACCGAGUCCGGCGGCCACUCCAAGGUCAGCGGCGGCGGCGCGGCGCCGCCGCGGUGCAGCCCGGACCAGGAGAACAUGCCGCUGGCCGUGGACUCGCUGCAGUUCGAGCACGCCGGCAGCACGAGCUCGGCCGCGGCCCUGCUCCGCGGCGUCUGCGGCUCCCUCCUCUGCCUGGCGCUCUACUGCUUCGUCUGGGACGCGUUCUUGUAGACAGGGCAUGCAGUGUGGAUUAAGCUAAGCUUGUUGAUAGAGUAUUUUGUAGGAGCUGGUUGGUUGGUUGGUGUUAGGGAUUAGCUUCCUUUUUGCUUGCACAGUGUUGCAGAUCGAAUUAGCGGAUUGCACCGGUGGGUCUCUAGUAACCCCACCCGUGCUUUUAUCCUUGGGUUAUUACCCUGCUACAUUGGGGAAGUAGUAGUCGUAACUUGUUCAAGCCGAAACUAUUUCUUUUGGCA